AUGGGCACGCAGGGAUCGGGGCGCAAGCGGCUCCCCAACCGGGAGCGGCUGACGGCGGAGGACGACGCGCUGAACCAGAUCGCGCGCGAGAGUGGCUCCUUUCUGCCCACUGGAGACGCCCUUUGCCCUCUGGAUGUGGAGGGCAGCCAGGCCAACAUCAGGCCCAGUUCGGCCGGGACCCCAGAGCAGAGAUGCAGGCUACCCAGCCGUGUCUGCCUGUCUUUCUGGGAAAAGCCCCAGGCCCACGGCUCAGGUGCACCCCAGGGACAGCAGAGCCGAGGGGGCGUCAUCCACGCGGUCACCACGGUGCGCGCUGCGGAGAGUCGGCUCUGCCCCGGGGCGGGGCGCUGCAGGGUUGACCUUCCCAGCCAGCUGGGGUCCCAGCCCCGCAGCCCACGGCCUCUGCCUGGUGCCCGCCGGCUCCAUGCUGGGGAUUCAGCAAGACAUGAAGACUGA